AAAAUAAUGGCGUGUAUGAAAUAGAAUGGUUCUGCCAAUUUUGUUUUUAUUAUGGUUUUCAUGAAUUCCUCAAUCAUUUUUGACAUGAUGGGGAAUUGCAGAGACAAUAAAAUAGUAUCAAAAUGAUGUUGAGCAUAUCAAAUAACUGGUGUACAUAAAGUCCUAUGAACAAUGUAAAAAAAUGGCUUCUAAUAAUUCUUACAGGGUGGAAUGGGUAGAAAUAAUCGAGCCCAAAACUCAGGAGCAUAUGUAUGCAAACCUGGCUACUGGAGAAUGUGUAUGGGACCCACCAGAAGGUGUACCUGUCAAAAGAACAGACUCCAACCAGUGGUGGGAACUAUUUGAUCAAAACACAGCUAGAUUCUACUAUUACAAUGCUACAUCACAAAGGACAGUCUGGCAUAAACCUACCAACUGUGACAUCAUCCCUUUAGCAAAACUUCAGACCCUGAAACAUAACACAGAUUGUACUCCUACACCAACUAGUCACCAGGCCACUCAGACUGGACAUCUCACAGAGAGAGGUCAGGUCCUCAGUCUGUCUGCUAGCACUCCCCAGCUCAGACGCAAACCCAGUGAUUUGUGUAGAAGCAGCAGUUUCAGUCAAAGAGGAGCAGAAGCUCCAUUAUAUUCCAACUGGCAUGACUCUCAGCUACUGCCCUUAGAGCAUUUUUUACUAAACAACAGUAGAGAUUCUGACAGUGAUCAUUCAGACAGUGGCAGUGAGUCACUUACAGGCCAUGAGCCUGAUAAUGAGGACUCUGACCAAUCUGAAGGCAGCUAUCUGCCCCACCGACUCUCUCAUAGACCUGUUGAGUAUCUCAACCUGCCAACAGCAGCUAGUACAGAGCCCAGGGAUAGAGAGAGGGAGUUGAGAGAAAGACCUGCAGUGCCAAUGUUGAAGCCACUUGCUGAACCUCCUCUGCAACCUGAAAGGGAAGCUGAUAUGGAGAAAUUUGCAGUGGACAAUUUGAAUUUGGGUGGUAGAGGUUUAUUCAGACGCAAAGCAAGUGUUAGGGAUUUGCUGAGUUGGUCCAGCAGAAGUCUUCAGAGGCCUCUAUUAGCAUCUAGCAAGCCUGUGACAAGGCAAGCUCUGGAUAUGUUCAGACAAGUACAAAUGUAUAUGGGUGAUAGGAAAGCCAGACCAGGAAUGUCAUUGAACUCACUACUAAUGGAGAUUCUGGGAACAGCUUAUGUUCAAGCUCUUCUUCGUGAUGAGUUGUUUGUACAGCUGUGUAGGCAAACUACAGAAAAUCCAAGGAAAGAGUCUCUUGUGAGGGGUUGGGAGCUACUGACCAUUGCCUUAGCAUUUGUACCACCUAGCCCUGUAUUCCAACCAGCUCUCCUAGGUUACCUCAACAGGCAUAGAGACCCAACUUUUUCUAAAGUUUUUCCAGAUGUUAACAGAUGGCCCAUUCAUGUACAGGUAAACCAUUACGCCACCGUGGCAUGCCAAAGACUGGAACGAAUAGGGGCUGGUGGCAAACGCACGGCCCGUCGUCCCCAAACCGAUGACGUCGAAGCCGCUCGGAAGCAGAUCUUCCAGGUCAGCCUGUUUGGCAACACCCUACGAGAAGUGAUGCAACUGCAGGCGAGCCGAUGGCCCAACCGGAGGCUGCCCUGGCCGCAAGUGGAGCUCUCUCAACAGGUGCUGAGGCUGCAGGGCCUGCAGACCGAGGGCAUCUUCCGCGUGUCGGCCGACGUCGACGAGGUCAACAGGCUGAAGGCGCAGAUCGACGGAUGGGAGAUGAGCGAGCCUAGCGACGCGCACGCGCCCGCCAACCUGCUCAAGCUGUGGCUGCGCGAGCUCUACGAGCCGCUGAUACCCGACUCGCUCUAUCCCGAGUGCGUCGCCGAACCGAUGACGCCGCGCCGCGCCUGCGAUCUGGUGCUCAGGCUGCCGACCCUGCACAGGCUCGUGCUGUGCUACCUGAUCAGGUUUCUGCAGACUUUCAACAAGCCCGAGGUCGUGCAGCACACCAAAAUGGACGCCUCCAACCUGGCGAUGGUCUUCGCGCCCAAUUGCCUGCGGUGCAUGGCCAGCGACCCGCGCACCAUGUUCGACAAUGCAAGGAAAGAGAUGGCGUUCAUGAGAUGCCUCAUACAAGAACUAGAUACUGAAUGUGUUCGAGAUAUGAUCUGACCUCAGCUCUCUUGUAUAUAACGUAUUUAUACAGAUGUACUGUUCAUUGUAACAUUUUUUUAUUGCGGAUCGUCGAUAUUUUUUAUAGAGCGAGAGGCAUUUUACUAGUUAUCGGUCGUGGAAUAGUCAUAUCAUUUGGAUCUUUGUUUUCGAAUUCUUGUGUGUAAGUUGAAGGAAUUAUCUCGAAUUUGAUGAUGAUGACGGGGAAAUAGUUGAAUUAUCUUCAUGAACAAUUUUUAUGUUCCACCUCGUUAGAUAAAUAUGUUUAUUCUUGCAUUUCCGUGACAUGAUAAAAAAAUAUAGAUUCUUCAAUUCCUGAAUCAAUCAAUCCAAGCCAACAGUAUGAGUCAUAAAGUUGAAAUUCCUAUAGGUAAUAGCUAACUAAUCUUGAAUCUAAAAAAAAUCGAAUAGAAAUAGUCGAUUGGCGAAAAUUUUGUUCUGAAACAUUUUAAGUAAGAUCUGGAUGAAUAAUUGAAAAUCAGAUCAAGGUGAAUAAUAAAAGUCAUAUCAGUAUCCCUUGUAAAUUUGUGUGAAUCUCUUUCAGAUCUUUAUUAGACAAAGGAAUCUUCUCUCUGUUAGUAUUUUUCUCAGAAACAACAUAUGCAUAAUAUUCUAUUUAUAUCCAGGAUCAUGAAAUAUUUUGAGAUAUCUGGAUAGCCAUUUAGUGGAAAAUCACUUGAGGUUUAAAGAAUUGAAAAGCAAUCCACGUAUAUGUUGGUACUGAUUUCUGUAAAUGUUUGUUAGUGAAAUGCCCCUUUGAUAUCGUUUUUUUACGAUUAUUUUAACAUUAUAAAUUGUGAUUUAAAUUAUAUAGAACCUAUAAAUAAAAUUGUUUUUUUAAGACAGUUAUUGGCGUUCAUUUCUACCAUGUCUUUAUUAGGUCGCUUUUUUAUCUGAAAUGAUUCAAAUAGGUUUUAGUGAAUGGUUUGAUAAUGAUGCUUCACGAAAUUUGUGAUAAAGAAAUUUUAUUGUAAUGAUUUUAUAUUUACACCUGUUUUUUUUCUUAUCAGCAAUUAGCAAUGUGUUAUGUUUAUUUUAACCAGAAUGACUAACAAACCCAUCCUUACCAAAGAUAUCAGUCAUUGUACCUAUUAAUAAAAUCAUCAAAUAUUUCAUAUGAGUGCAAAUAGCGUUUCUUUUAAUGAGUUGCUGCUAUCCAGCAACUAUGUAAAAUGAAUUUUGUAAAUAAAAUAAUAUCCAAUAUGUUGGUACUUG